AUGACUCACCACUGCACCAAGUUCUCCGGACACUGGAAGAUCAUUGUGUUUGAUGAGGAGUGCUUCCAGGGCCGCCGCCAUGAGUUCACUUCCGAGUGCUGCAACGUGAUGGAGUUCGGCUUCGAGACCGUGCGCUCCCUCAGGGUGGAGAGUGGAGCCUGGGUGGGUUAUGAGCACGCCUCUUACCAAGGACAGCAGUUCGUGCUGGAGAGGGGAGAGUACCCCCAGUGUGACGCUUUCGGAGGCAGCAACGCCUACCACAUCGAGAGACUGACCUCCUUCAGACCUAUUGCCUGUGCUAACCACAGGGAGUGCCGUAUGACCAUUUUUGAGCGCGAGAACUUCCUCGGCCGCAAGGGGGAGCUCAGCGACGAUUACCCCUCCCUGCAGGCCAUGGGGUGGUGCAACAACGAAGUUGGCUCCCUCAGGGUUCAGUCUGGAGCAUUCGUGUGCUACCAGUACCCUGGAUACCGCGGAUACCAGUACAUCAUGGAGUGCGAUCGUCACUGUGGGGAGUACAAACACUUCAGGGAGUUCGGCUCCCACUCACAGACCCCUCAAAUCCAGUCCAUCCGCCGUAUUCAGCAGUAACCGCUUACUCCAGAUCCCUUCUCCACAGUGACCCCCCAUCCUUAAC